GAACUCCAUGUCCCAGGAAGUAAAUGUUUAUAGAGAAAUACAAAUACUUUCCCUAAAUUCCGAAUUCCAAGAAAAAAAGAAACGCUACCACCUAGCUCUGCUCUCUGCUCUCUCUCUCUCUCUCUCUCUCCUGCAUCCAGCAACUCCACCGAUGAAAUCUGGUUUUGUUAUAAGCCCAUAACAAUAAAUUAAGAAAAAGUUAUUCAUUGUAUGAUUUGGACAAUUGCAGAAAAUGGGUAGCAAUAUUGAUUUGAAUUCAUUAUCAGAAGCAACUUCAGGAGCAAUUGGAGCUUUAGUUAGUACAACAGUUCUUUAUCCAUUAGAUACUUGUAAGACUAAAUAUCAAGCUGAAGUUAGAGUUCAAGGUCAUCAACGUUACAGGUAUGUGAAACCUCUUGAGUUGAAGAAUUAUAGUCUGAGGGAUUCUGGAACUGACACAAGUGGGACAAGAUAUCAAUGAAAUCCACCAGCGGAUACUACCAUGACAUCCCAACAAAGGAGCUAGAAGAUAAUGCUCGAUCCGAAGCUCCCAACGAAGGAAUUACGAAGAUAAAAUAUUGAUCCAAAAUCCGGUGCUAAGUACGACGAUCAACCAAUGCUUAUGAAGUACAAAGAACCAACAUGGUUCUGCCGUAAACCCAGCUGCUUAAUAAUGGCAGUCUUUCCACGCUGGGUAGUAUUACUACAUACCACCGCUGUUGCUGCCAUGAUGCGGUUAGUUGCACUCAUCCGGAGGGAGGGAGGAGUAAGACCCAAUACCUCUGAAGAGAGGAGUAAUAGCUGGGUAAUAUUACUACCUCCGUUCCCUCACACUCAGCGGUCACUCGAAGUAAAAGGCCAAUAACGAUGAUGCAACUCUGAUCCUAAACUCUAUGCUGGUGCUGCUAGAAUCAAAGUACUUAUUGUGUUGUCUUGGUCCGACGAUGAGAGUCCUAGUCAGUCCGAGCAUCUCCGGCCCAAGGUGGAAUACGAAGCUAAUAGAUCAAGAUCAUCAACUCUGCCAACAAUUAUAUCUCCAAGUCUUUUUACGAAAGUUCCAAAGUCCGAAGAUGAAGAUCUCCAAAGACAAUGGGCCAAAGUCUUUCUACGAUGAUAGCCAUGACGCAGUUACAUUACAGAACUACUCUGAUGACAGAGCUUCGUUCCAUUAACGAUGUCAAAGUGCGGCUUAAAUGCCAUGCCGAUGAUGCAACGCCUGGAAACGAUGAUUACCAGUGACGAUAAUGCAACAUUGGUGAACCAAAGUCUGAUGUCGACGUUGGAAAGUCUGAUGUCGACGAUGGCAUCAAAAUCCGAAGACGCCAAGUCUGAUGUCGACGUUGGCAAGUCUGAUGUCGACGAUGGCGUCAAAAUUUGAAGGCGCCAAGUCUGACGUCGACGAUGGCAUGAAGA